AAGGAGGAGGAGGGGAAAGGGAGGGGAGAGCGAGGGAGGGAAGGGAAUAAGUGAGGAAGGAGAGAAAGAGGGAGGCGAGGUGUAGCCGCCGCCUUGUCGCUCUGCGUUCUGCAGCCGGCGCGGAGGAGAGGACAGCCCCCGGCAGGCGUCCCGGCAUGCUGAAAGUCACCAUGCCCUCCUCCUCCUCAUCCUCCUCGUCCUCCUCAUCCUCCUCCUCUGGCUCCUCGGCCGCCAGCCGACCCGGCUCCGCCGCGCCUGACUACUGGAUCGAUGGCUCCAACAAGGACACUCUGGCUCACUACUUCGAGCUGGAGUCCGAGCUGGGACGUGGGGCUACAUCCAUUGUCUACAGAUGCAGGCAGAAAGGGACCCAGAAACCUUACGCCGUCAAAAUGUUGAAGAAGACAAUAGACAAGAAAAUUGUCCGCACUGAAAUUGGAGUUCUCCUUCGCCUUUCGCAUCCUAACAUUAUAAAACUGAAGGAGAUAUUUGAGACCCCUACAGAAAUCAGUCUUGUUCUGGAACUGGUCACUGGUGGAGAAUUAUUUGACAGGAUUGUGGAAAAGGGGUACUACAGUGAAAGAGAUGCUGCUGAUGCUGUCAAACAAAUCCUGGAGGCAGUUUCUUAUCUGCAUGCAAAUGGGAUCGUGCAUCGAGACUUGAAGCCAGAAAAUCUACUCUAUGCAACACCAGCACCAGAUGCACCAUUAAAAAUUGCUGACUUUGGACUUUCCAAGAUCGUGGAAGAUCAUGUGACCAUGAAGACAGUUUGUGGAACUCCAGGGUACUGUGCACCAGAGAUACUACGGGGAUGUGCCUAUGGCCCUGAGGUGGACAUGUGGUCACUGGGAAUUAUCACCUACAUCCUGCUUUGUGGCUUUGAACCAUUUUAUGAUGAAAGGGGAGACCAGUAUAUGUUUAAGAGAAUCCUGAGCUGUGAAUAUGACUUUGUGUCCCCGUGGUGGGAUGAUGUGUCUCUGAAUGCCAAGGAUUUAGUUAAAAAGUUGAUUGUUUUAGACCCCAAGAAACGCCUCACCACUCUACAGGCUUUGCAGCACCCAUGGGUCACAGGGAAGGCAAUAAACUUUGCACAUAUGGACAACGCACAAAAGAAACUUCAAGAAUUCAAUGCCCGGCGUAAACUUAAGGCUGCAGUGAAAGCCGUGGUGGCCUCCACACGCCUCGGGAGCGCCAGCAGCCACAGCGCCCACGAGGGCCACAAGCCUGGCCACAGCCCGGCCCCCACCCAGGACAGCCAGUCCACGGACAAACCCACCCAGGACAGCCAGCCUAUGGACAAACCCACUCAGGAAGCGGCGGCAGCGGCGGCUCCAGAAGAAAUGCCUUAGGUCAAAGUCACUCGCUCAUGUCGGUGGAGAUGUCAUUUCAUACACCAGCUACCUUGUCAUCCAGCGAGAGAGAUUAGCAAGCUUGGCCUCUCUGGUUCUGCUUCGGGGUGCUACAGGCCCCACCUGGUGAUUCUACCUUCAGUGCAUGUGACUGCUUAUGAAAAUAGUAAACUGUUCCAUUAGGCAUGUCAUGGAAACAGUGUCAUUUGCAGUAAUAUCAGCAGGUGAAAACAUGGGGAUUAUUAACUACCUACCAUAAUGUGUAUACUUCAUCUAUAUAGUGUUCCUAGGUGGCAUUUGAAACAAAAUGCUAUUUUGUUUGGUUUUAUGGAAGUAGGUGUCUUAUCUAUGUUGUGAGUUUCUUUGAACUGUUUCCUUCCAGGUUCAUAGUCCUUCAGCAGACAAAAUGGAAGGAAAUACCAAACCAAUGCUUUUAAAACUGAUGUAUGAAAUAAUGUUUUUUAUCUGUAAAAUUGAAAAAUUAUUUGGGGAUUUACAUGCAAAAAAAAAAAAACAAAAAAAAAACCAAAAAAAACCAACAACAACAAAAAAACAUUCCACUACUUCUGAGAAGAAAUUGAAAUGGUAGUUCCACUGGGCAUGAAAAUGUACAUUGUUCAAGCUUGCAUUGAGAAUGCCUUAUUCUGACUUUUCUUGUUUAUAUACAGUAUUUUAAUAACAACCAAAAUUACUCUGCCAUUUCAUUCCAUAGUAAAGUGUUAGCAAAACAAAACCACAGACUAAACAAGGAUUAGAAUACAUGCAAAUUUCUGGCAUACCAUUAUCUUUAUUCAUUAAAAUUCUAAUCUGCAGAUAGGAGACAUUUUAUACGUCCUAAGGGAAUAAUCUGCAUUUAAAUAAGUUGUAAAUGCUUGAAGAAAGCUAUUUCACAAUUACUGAUUUUACUUUGGGGAAACACUCUUCUGCAAGGUCUAGGAGCAAGUAGUAUAAUCUAGUUGGUUCCUGGGUAGUUUAACUUCAUGAGUGAGCAGUUUCCACUUGUAAUUAGUCCACAUUUUCCUAACAAAGAAUGCCUCCUGUAAAGUGAUCCACCAGCACGAUCUUGCAUCCACCCACAGCUGUGUCUUGAGUUAGCAGCUGUGUGCAUCAAUCAGCUUGCAAAAGUAGGGUCAGGCUCUUCAGCUAUCUUGAUAUUCUUGUUGAAUGUGAUUGAUAGGAACUGAAAAAAUAAUGUGCAUCAGUGUGUAUGACCACUUACACUUGUUUGUUAUCUAUUUGACAGCAUGUGACUAUUGUACUGAUAUAUUACAAAAAUGGCAAAAAGAACCUGACAUACAAAAAUGUCAUUUGUGCUUGUUAAACUUUUUAAUACUGAUAGUUACCUAACAUCCUAAUACAAUCAUCAUUCCUCUUUAGCUUUAAUUGUUUUUAUGUUGUUGUUAGGCCUUGCACAACUUGCCUUGAAAAAAAUAUAGCAGCUACUGAAAAAAACAAGACGUUAAUAAAACAUUCAAUAACUACAUUUCCUGAUAAAAUUAGAGAGUAAUACAAUGUUAUUCAUAUGGUAGAUUUAAUAAAUAAAAUGUACCCUAAAUUAAUAUAUAAAGGAGGAUUAAAGCUCCUGUCUCUACUGGGUGAAAAUGCACACUAAUGAAUACAUUAUACUUGAAAUUUUUUA